AUGUCUAAAUUUGACAACUCUAGUGUCCUUAGCAUUUGUAAAACAGUGCUAAUUUGUGGUCUUGUCUUAUAUGUGACCACCAUUAUAGUUUUCAAUGACUCUGUUCAAUUUCCAUCUUCUCAUCUUUUCACUUCUUUGAAAUCCACAAAAUGUCCUUCUACUAGUCAAACAAGUACAUCAUCCACCAACAUAAGUCACAUUAUUUUUGGACUUUUAGGGUCAGAAAAAGCAUGGCACUAUAGAAAAUCCUAUAUUGAAUCUUGGUGGAGACCAAAUGUUACAAAAGGAUAUCUUUUACUAGAUGUACCUCCUCAAGGUGAUGAUCUUCUCCCAUGGUCCUUAAAUUCACCUCCUUAUCGACUAUCCGAUGAUGUCCCAAAACUUCUUAAGGAAACCAAUCAUGUUGAGCCAAGAGUCUUAAGAAUGGUUCAUGGAAUUAUGGAGGUAGUUAGGGAGGUGCAUGAAGGGGUAAGAUGGGUAAUUAUGGGGGACGAUGAUUCAAUAUUUUUUGUUGAUAAUAUGGUUGAUAUUCUUGCGCAAUAUGAUCAUACGAAAUACUAUUACUUUGGUGGACACUCAGAAUUUAUAUUGUCAAAUUAUUGGUACUCAUUUCAUCAAGCUUUUGGUGGAGCUGGAAUCAUAAUGAGUUAUCCUUUGGCUAGAGAAUUCGCUAAGAAUGUGAUGUCUUGCUUAAAGAGAUAUGCACACUUGAGAUCUGCUGAUAGAACAACAAUGAAUUGUAUAGCUGACAUUGGAGUCAAUCUUUCUCCUCUUCAUGGUGUUCAUCAGAUUGAUCUUCGUGGUGACAUAUCUGGGUUUCUAUCGUAUCAUCCAAAGUCUCUAUUAACAUCCCUUCACCAUUUUGACAUGGUUGAUCCAAUUUUUCCCUCUAUGGAUCGUGCACAAUCAGUGUUCCACCUCCAAAACAUUGCAAAAUAUGAUCAAUCACGCAUGUUACAACAAACCAUAUGCCACAAAAAGUCUAGCAAUUGGACAUUUUCAGUUUCUUGGGGAUAUUCAGUUCAUAUUUAUGAGAAAAUUAUGCCUAGAAGUUGGAUACAAAGACCAAUUGAAACGUUUAAGACAUGGCAACCAAGUCCUAAUCCACCACAUUACAUGUUUGAUGUUAGAAGUCCUUCUUGGGAUCCUUGUGAAGCUCCUCAUGUAUUUUUCUUCAAGUCUGUUGAGAAAACUCGAAGAGGUGAAAUUGUUACUACAUAUACUAGAAGAUGGCCUCGAGCAAUAAGAGCUUGUUUGUCUUCUGGAAAUUUUUCUGCAGAGUAUAUUUCUGAAAUUCAUGUUUACUCGCCAGCAACAAAACGUAUUCAGAUCGAUAGAUGUGAAUGUUGUGAUAUAAUCCAUGAGGCAGGAUCAAAAAAGGCUGAUAUCAAAUAUAGAGAGUGUAAGAUAGAUGAGAUAAUAGCCUGAUUGAUUCAUCGAGUUGUUGUAUAAGCAUUUGUACUAUUUUUUUCUUCUUAUCUUUAAGGGAACGGGAAAUGAAAAAAAAUUACAAGGGAUGGAAUCAAAUCUUCAC